UUAGGUUUAUGUUCUUCUCAACCUUGAAAUGCUCUCAUUGAAGUGGAAUGAAAUUGGGAAGGAUUUGUCUGAUCUUUUAUUACAGUUACUAUCUCAUUUCCUGCCCAGACCGUGAAGUUGAAGGGAAACGCGAAUGUUGUAAGUCAUUCGAUGUGAGACUUGCUAUAAUCAUUUCAUAGUCCUAAUCUUUUAGACCUGUUUGUAUUUCCUGAAAGGACAUCUUCUCAUCUUUGUAUACAGUGCAAUACUAGUUGUUCUGGAAAUAUCCAACGGAUAUUUUUUUCUAGAGAUCGCUUGUAUUUGGAAAUUUGUAAAGGUACUGCCAAUGGAAGAAAGGAGAAAAUAGUUAAUUUCGUAAAUUGUAGAUGCAAUUCAAUGUGUACAUGUAUGCUUUCAGGUGAGCAGCUGAAGAGGAAGGAAAGGAUGAAACUGAACAUAGCAUAUCCAACUACUGGCUGUCAGAAAGUGUUUGAAAUUGAUGAUGAUAAGAAGUUGCGGAUUUUCUAUGAAAAAAGGAUGGCACAAGAAGUAGAGGCCGAUGCUUUGGGCGAUGAAUGGAAGGGGUACGUUUUGCGUAUAACUGGUGGUAACGACAAGCAAGGUUUUCCAAUGAAACAAGGCGUUUUGACAAACGGUCGCGUGCGAUUGUUGCUGUCAAAAGGGCAUUCUUGCUAUCGAUCUCGUCGAGAUGGGGAACGUAAGCGCAAGUCAGUACGUGGAUGUAUUGUUGAUGCUAACUUAUCUGCCCUUGCGUUAAUCAUUGUAAAGAAAGGCGAGCAGGAAAUUCCUGGCUUAACAGAUACCACAGUUCCUCGCCGUUUGGGACCCAAACGUGCGUCUAAAAUCCGUAAACUGUUCAAUCUAACGAAGAAUGAUGAUGUUAGGAAGUAUGUUAUCCGUCGGAAACUACCCGAAAAAGAAGGUCAGAAACCGCGCAGUAAAGCACCAAAGAUUCAGCGACUAAUAACACCAGUUGUAUUGCAACGCAAACGAAGACGUCUGGCAAUGAAAAUCAAACGAAGUGUUAAACGUCGUGAAGAAGAAGCUCAGUACCAUAAGAUGAUGACGCAAUACUCCAAGGUUUGUUUGUGCUAUGCAGUUUUCGUUAUUCUGGAGUUGGGGCUGCAUUGAGCAUAUUUAUAAUUUGUUAUAGUUGCAGGUCAAGGAAUUUUUUUUAGUACUACCUUUUAUCUGCAAAUAAGGCAUACCAAGCCUUCGUCUGUUUCACUCUUUCGCGGAUUUUUCUGAAGACUUUUUAGGAAAACAAGCAGCUAAGAUUGCUCGCCGCCGCUCGUCAGCAUCUCGUCGUGAAUCAGAGUCAGUAAGAUAUAGCAAGAGCAGCAAAUAAAUUUGUUGAAUAGCUACCAUUCAUUGUUACAUUGAUCCUACCAUAAAACGAUAAAACUGUUACUGCUUUA